AUGUUGUUUAAUACUCUCGUUAAAUCUGCGGCAUUGGUUAGUGGCUUCUCGUCAUUGGUGUCUGCUGCUAGUAGUAGCAGCAUCUCAACCAUUGAGGUUGUCGGCAACAAGUUUUUCUACUCCAAUAACGGAUCUCAGUUUUAUAUUCGUGGUGUCGCAUAUCAGGCUGAUGUUUCCAGUCAGGAUAACAGUUCUUUUGUUGAUCCUUUGGCCGACGAAACUAGUUGUAAGAGAGAUAUUCCAUAUUUGACCGAAUUGAAUACGAACGUGAUUCGUGUUUACGCUUUGGACACAGAGCAAGAUCAUUCUGGUUGUAUGAACCUACUUGAGGAGGCAGGCAUUUAUGUGAUUGCUGAUUUGUCUGAGCCAACCCUUUCCAUUUCCACCAGUGACCCAGAGUGGACCUUGGAGUUGUAUGAUAGGUACACUUCCGUUAUUGACGAGAUGCAACAAUACGACAACGUUUUGGGAUUCUUCGCCGGUAACGAGGUUAUCACCAAUUCUUCCACCAGUAGUGCUGCAGCAUUUGUUAAGGCUGCAAUUCGUGAUACUAAGCAAUACAUGACAGACCAGGGAUACAGAGACAUUCCAGUCGGUUAUUCCGCUAAUGACGAUUCUGAUACCCGUGUUGCAUCUGCAGACUACUUUGCUUGCGGAAAGGAGGAUAUUCACGCCGACUUUUACGGUAUCAACAUGUACGAAUGGUGUGGAUCAUCAUCUUUCAGUGCCUCUGGAUACAAAGCGAGAACGGAAGAGUUUUCCAAUUUGACUAUUCCAGUCUUCUUCUCUGAAUACGGUUGUAAUGAAGUUCAGCCAAGAAAAUUCACCGAUAUUGCUGUGUUGUUUUCUGAUGAGAUGACUGAUGUCUGGUCUGGAGGCAUUGUUUAUAUGUACUUUGAGGAGACUAACAAUUACGGCUUGGUCUCUAUUGACGGUGACACUGUUUCCACCAUGGACGACUUCCAGUAUUACUCUUCGGAGAUUAAUGCUGUUAGUCCAACUUCUGCCACUGCCAGCGUCGAGUCCGCUUCUGCCGGUUCUGCAACCAUGAGUUGUCCCGCUACAGGCGACGACUGGGAGGCAAACGAAACCUUACCUCCUACUCCUCAAGAGGGUGUUUGCGAGUGUAUGGCUGCUGCAGUUUCGUGUGUUGUUUCUGAUGAUGUCAGUACGGAUGAUUACGCAGACUUGUAUAGUGUUGUCUGUGGUUUGGUUGACUGCUCUGGCAUUGAUGCAGACGGAGAAAAGGGUACAUAUGGUGCCUAUUCCUACUGUAAUGCAGAUGAUAAGCUUUCGUUUGUCUUGAAUUUGUACUACGAGGAGCAGGGAGAUAGUUCUGCAUGUGACUUCUCUGGCUCUGCUUCUUUGAAGACUGGUUCCACUGAUGCCCAAUGCAAGUCUGUUUUGUCCGAGGCCGGUACUAGUGGCGUAGGUACCGUGACAGGUACGUUUACUGGAACCGCCUCUAGUGGUUCUUCGGCUACUGCUAGUGCCUCUUCUGGUUCAAGUACUUCUGCUUCAUCUUCUUCUAAGGGAGCAGCAGCAGGUUUGAAUCUUUCUGACGGUUACCAGUUCUCUCUAACCAUGAGCUUGGGCGCUCUAUUGUCGUUCAUUUUCAUGUGA